UGUUGAAUGGGUUGCACAAACACUACCACAUUUUCUGACACUCAACGAACGCCAUUCCAUCUCUCCGAGCUUAUACAUAUAGCACGAAUCAGUCUUGCCAAAGAAAAGGCAGAUCAUCGUAUUGAGCGCGUGUUUCGGUCCGGGUUCGAGUUUUUCUGUAAAGGCGCGUGCAGUGUGUGAAUUUGGCUAGCAGCAACCAGCGCUCUUUACCGCGCCGUGAACGCUAAACAAAAUCUGUGAAAAGUGUGGUUAAGUAAAGGAGCUUUGUGAUACAAGGAAUACUGCACCAUGUCGGCGAAUUCGAUUUUGCUAGAUUUUUCACUAGACCCCGCCCGUAUCAUUGACGAGGUGUCACGCAAGGACAUAGUACGGGUGUGCAAGGAAGGUCUUGAAAAGUAUUUGGCGGGUUUGAAGAUAUCCUACGACAUGCUGACGGCCGACGGGUAUCUCUGCAUUCUCAACGAAACCGGCACCGGAACCAUUGUGACGAUUCGCUUCUUCGAGCAGGGCUUGAUAACGAUCAACGUCGAAUACUACCGGAAGGAUGGCGAUGAGGCGAAGAUUUCCUUUGAAAACAUGAAAAUGCUAGAAAAUGGUUUGCGCAUCAGGCUGGACGCUAUACGCUCCAAGCACCUUCCACCGAUAAAACGGGGCAGUAGCGUUGACGUUUACCUAACAAGCUCAGACGAGCGUGUCAUCGAGUAUGACAUCGAUCGGGUGCUGUUCGACAAGCGUUCCGAGUUCCAGAAGAUACAAAUCGUUCACUCCAGAAGCUUGGGCAAUAUGUUGGUGUUGGAUGAAUUGCAAAACAUUGCCGAAGCGGAUCUUAUCUAUACCGAAACGUUGAUGUGUCGAGGUGCCGAAAAUUAUGCUGGAAAGGAGAUAUGCAUUCUGGGCGGUGGUGAUGGUGCUUUGCUUUAUGAGCUGCUAAAGGAAGGUCCCAAGUUUGUCGUAAUGCUCGAGAUCGACGAAAUAGUCAUGCAGGCGUGCAAUAAAUACAUGAACUCCAUCUGUGGGGAAGUGCUGGAAAAGCGCACGGACGACAAUUAUGAAAUAAUCGUCGGAGAUUGUAUGGUGUACCUGAAGAAGUACAUUAAGGAGGAACGCAAGUUUGAUUACGUGUUUGGCGAUCUGACAGACAUACCAAUUUCCGACACACCGACCGGUGAGAUAUGGGAUUUUAUUCGCUUGAUCUUGGAAUCGUCUUUCCAAGUACUUAAACCGGACGGAAAGUUUAUGACCCAUGGUAACGGUGUUAGCUGCCCGGAAUCGCUUCGAAUGUACGAGGAUCAGCUCGCAAAGCUAACGCCAAAGGUGAAGUACACUAAGAGUUCAGCAUUCGUGCCAUCAUUUAUGGAGGAAUGGGUGUUUUACCAGGUGCAGCGUGAAGUCGCUAGUGCCACCGAGAGCGUUUGACUUUGUUCCAUCAACAUCACCGCCAUCACAUUUGAUAUAACGUUGCUAAUGCUAUCGGUAGCAAUAGUCCUAGCCAUGUUUCCUCCGCUAACUAUGCUUUUGGCACACGCGAUUGCAAGUAGCACCAGUUUAAUCGAAUCACGAUAGCAGCACAAUUAGGAAGCAUUACAUCCUAGCGAUAAUUAGUACUUCUUAUUUAAACUACUUAAUGGAAUUGCUUGUUAGAAAACAAGACAUUUAACAAUGAAACGCGUGGAAGGCACAGCUUUACCAAAGUUUGUUCAGAGGGAUAAAGAAAUGAGGGAUGGAGAAGAAAACUGUAGAUUGAGCAAAGUAACAUUAUCUUCCCAUAUUCUUCCUGCAUACGCUUGGACAGUGAUAGCAGAAUAUGAUAGAUGAAAUCACGCAUAGGUACAGUACUGUAGCGGUUAGAUAGGAGGAAAAGCAUAUAAGUAUCUCGACUCCUGUUUCGAAUAACUGACACCGACGACCAUAGAACUUUUUUGUUCAUCUUUAUUUAUAUGUAGCUCAUCACGGUACGAAUCGUUACUUGUGUGGUUUUCUUAUGCUAAUACACAGAUGUGUGUAUGUGAAAGUAUGCACCAAUUAAACCGAUUAAAAUAUUUUGAAAAACGGUGACAAAUGGAAAAGUUAUCACGCUGAGUAAGAGAUAGUUUUAGUUAGAUAUGAGUUUCUUAUUUAAUUUAAAUGUUGACUCUGCAGAGUGUACUUAUGGAUGAAAAAUGGCUGGUUAUACUUAACACACUCCCGCAGUAUGGUAAAAUAUUGGAGCGUGUGCUAACCCAACAUUCGGCCGUGACUGCUAGUAAGUGAAAGAGCAUAAUAAGAGAACGAAAGUUGCAAACACUAUGUAAAAUGGUGCAAGAGAAGUAGGUUGUCCAAACAUAUUGCCAUUUAUGAAAUAGAUUUGAUUAGAAAACAAACGAGUGUGUUCCUUCUAAGUCAAAAAUAAAAUCUGUGCGUGGUUGGUGAAUACGUUAA